AUGAAGAGUCUGCUGAUCGCCAGCGAGAGCGCCGAGGUUCUCUUCCACUGGACCGACCUGGAGUUCCAGCAGAAUGUCCGGGAGCAGUACGGAGGAUCUCAGGAGGAGGGCGAGGAGCUUCCCGCCUUCGAGGACAUCGUCAGCACCCUGUUCGCUCCCAUCAUCAUCUCCUGCAGCACCAUGGUGGACAGGCAGGGGGACAGCUACACCUCCUUCACCACCGAGAACAACCACACCUACGUGCUGCACCAGGCCAUCUGUGUCCCUCAGUUCGACGAGUGCCUCUACAUCGCGGUGAACGGAGACGGGGAGGAGAAGGAGGACGACCUGAGGCGGAAGAUCUACGUGAUGAAGAAGAUGAUCGAGGUCAUGUUCGGCAUGGUGACCCUCAGCGGGAGCCUGCUGAGGAGAGAGUUGCGUCCUCAGGACACGGAGCAGAGGUCCAGGCUGUGGAAGCAGCUGCAGAGCCUCCUGGAGACCUACAGCCACCUCCGAGAGAACGACCAGAGCUUCCUAGUGGAGGCGGUGGAGAGGUUAAUCCAUCCCACACUGUGUGAGCAGUGCAUCGAGUUCUUGGAGCGCCGUCUGGUUCAGCAGCUCAACAGCAGCGCGGAGAGAGCGGGAGAGGAAGUGCUGCACGCCUUCAUCCUGGUUCACACCAAGCUGCUGGCCUUCUACUCCUGCCGCAAUGCCAGCACGCUCACCACCUCAGACCUGCUGGCGCUCAUCAUCAUGGCGCAGAACAUGUAUCCCAGUAACGUGGAUCUGGACGAGCCCAGUCCAGAGGAAGUUGAGAGCACAUCUGGUUCAGGUCCCGAGAGUUUUUACACCCCCGAGCCCUCCCCUUCCAGCAGAGACUCGGACGGUUCAGAAAAGCCGGGCAGAGGAGGCACUCCCAUGUUUGAGUUUGUGGACCCAGACAUCCAGAUGGCUGAGGACAGCUUGUACACUCUGGAGGUCGCCCCGCCGGACCCUUCCAGCCCCCGCAGAGUCUUCCUGGAGGUCUCGCAUAAGGAUGGGCUGUUUCCCAUGAUGCCGCACUCCAUGUACUGUCUCCCUCUGUGGCCCGGAAUCACACUGGUUCUGCUCACUAAGAUUCCUUCCAGUGCAGUGGCCAUCUCAGUGUAUAAGUUUUUGGAGGCUUUCACUAAGCUGGAGAAUCGUUUAAGAGACGGCCAAGGAGGCUCUGCGGUAGCGAGAAGCCAGCUGAAUAUCCACGACAUCCGCAACAAACUGGACAAAUUCAUUAAAGCCUUGGGUCCAAGUGAGUUACAGUCUGCGCAGCUACAAAAUGUCUGGACAGAGUUCAAGAAUCGAGCCUUCGCCAGAGGAGGACCUGGAUUCAGCAAGGAUCUUAUCCCAUGGUGUAAGAAUAUGAAGACGCAGCUGUGCGGCAUCUACCGCCAGUGUUUCCUGACUGACUCUGGACCAGCUGAUGCUCCUCGGCGCCUGUCCACCGCUCUGCAGGAGCGAGCCCAGACCAUGGUCCAAGAGAAACUGAUAGACUGGAAGGACUUCCUGUUGGUGAAAAGCAAGCGCAACAUCACCAUGGUGUCAUAUCCUCUCAGCAAAACCCUUUACAGAGUUAUUUUUGGUCUGAGAACAUUAUUAUUCUCUAAUCACACUUUGCAUCGUUCCUGGAGGAGCAGCCAAGUUGUUGAAGAUUACCCAGGCCUCAUCCAUUUUAUUUGUGUGGACCGAACCAGCGGCCAUAUGAUUGCUCCCUCACUCAGCAUCACAGAGCGCACCGCAUCGGAGCUGGGGAAGGGCCCGCUGGCUCACUAUAUUAAAAGCAAGGUGUGGGGACUUGUCAGGACGACCCGACACUAUCUGCAGAAGGGCUACUCCACUGUCACGCUGCGAGACGGAGAUUUCUAUUUCUGCUACUUCCUGUGGUUCGAAAAUGAAACUGGGUACAACUUGAAGGCUGUGGACAUUCCCAUCCUGCCUGAUGACUCCGCCCCCAUUGGGAUGCUGGCCUGGGACUACUACAGGAAGCUGCUGCGGUACUACAGUAAGGACCACCAGGGCGGGACGGUGAAGUGCUACGAGCUCCUGACCGUGCACCUCGGGGUCAUCCCCUCUGAGAUCAUCCUCCAGCACUGCAGGCAGCUGGCAAGCAAAUUGUGGGAGCCCUCCCGCAACCCGCUGCUGUAG